AUGUACAUGGCUAAUGAUCGAGUACCUUCACGAGAAGAAAGUUUAAGGGAAAAGAUAACUAAAUUCACUCUAGUAUCGUACCUGUUGCUGGCUACAGCCACUGCUAUCGCAACAGCCUUGCCACUGCAACGAUUGCAACGUGACGUUUCCGAGUUGCUACCACCACAACCAUCCUACAGCUAUCUGCCACCCGAAGCCAAACUUGCUCUACCCGAAGACGCGCAGUCGACUACAGUUGAACCUAUUGUGGCUGAGACUGAAGCACCCGCCACCGCCGAUGCCGAAUCUGAUGCCAUGUUAGAAGGAACUGCUCUUGGUGCCAACGGCUAUGAAUACCGCACCGUACGCCGUCUUAAGUACCGCCAACGCAUACGCCGUGACGUCUCGCACUUAUCGCCUUCCUACCUGCCACCAAGCCCAUCGUAUUUGCCCCCAAGUGCGAACACUGAUGACUCAGAUGUAGUGAACGCUGCCCAACCUAAAAUCGCUCCGAUCUAUUUGCCUCCAACUGUUGAGGACGUCAGCACAGCAGCACCAAUUGUUGUGGAAGAAGAAAUGGAAACUGAACCACCAGUAGCACAAGAGGAGGAACAAGAAGUGCCAGCUCAACCAGAAGUACGUGCUCAGGAAGAAGAAGCACCACAAGAUAGCGCCAUACUAAUGGAUGACGGCUAUCACUACAAGCAACCGGCGGAAGAAAUGCCUCUGCCAAAGGCAGUAAGCGAGAGUGAGUACUUGCCACCACUAGAGGAAGGUCAAGCGGAGGCUGAGGGUCCUGAGGAAAGCGCUGUACUAGCCGAUGAUGGGUACCAUUAUCGCGCUAUCAAGCGUUUAAGAUUGUAAAAUUGAAAAGGCUCAUACACACACAUAAUGUAUUAUUUUGUUUAUUAAUUGAAAUUGUUAGAUCCUGUAGUUAUGCAUGAAUGUUUUAGUAUAAUAAUAAAAGAAAUUUGCUUUAUCAUUAUUUGGCAUUUAAUUUAA